CAGGGGCGCGGACACCACAUGAAACUCUCUUACCACGUCUUACCACUUUAAAACAGCAUCUCAACAGACCCUAUCCCUGAGACAUCUCUCGAACUUAAACAAGAAACAGAGAUGGAUCCUAUCAUUUCGAGUACCCAACGCAUUACCACUGCCGAGGACAUGAGGAACCAAACCGAACUGCUGUCCUACUCUAACUGGGAAAAGUAUUUGACUCCAGCACCAAUGUCCAUAGCUAUCCUGGGAGAGCUGGUAUUCCUAUCCUCCAAGACAGAUUUCUCUAUCAACAAGAAUUCCCCAGAAGGUGGUUUCAAAUACAUGCGAUACCCAGAAUCCUUCCGAGCUUGCCUCAUGCAAGUGUGUAACUCUGGUUGGUGGGCAUUUAAUGAAGCCCAUAAAAACAUGGAUCAAAUUCGUCUCCAUACUGCACGAAUUCCAGAUUACACGAAGAGGGCUGUGAAGAUUUUAUUCCAAGACAAUGACGAGGUCCUUAAUGCACAUCUUCCAGGUCAGCUGAAAAAUAUCCAAAUCAUAUCAGAAGAAUGUUUUAAACUGUCUGUUGAAACAGAAGACCAUUUCAAAACGGUCCUCUAUUCUAUCCAGGAGCUGUUGACGGCAUGUGUGGAUUCGAAGAAAGUUUAUGGCAAUGAGAGGGAGGAGACCAGGAGGAAACUAGAAGCUGCCAAAAGUAGUGAGAAUUCAGCACAAGAAACCAAGAGAAGACUUGAGCAGGCAAUGAGAGACAUUGACAAAGAUAUCGAGCGAGCUAGAGGGAACUUCCAGAAAGCGGAGCAUUCUCUUCCAACUGGGUGGAAUUUGAUUGGGAUGGAGAUCGCCGGAGGAAUAUUCCAGAGUUUCAACACAUUGUUAAAUGGACUGACAUCAUUUGUAGCCAACCCAGUGACACACAUGUGUGCCGUACCAACACAGGUUGCUGAAACGGUCCAAAACAUUAGAAGUCAGGGUCGCAGUAAUACGAUUGAUGACAUCAUAUCAUUGAGUAAAUCUGCUGAGAUUCUUGCAUUUGUUAAUGCUAUAGAAGAAAACAUGUUUGUGAAUGGCCAAAAUGAGAUUGACUGGAAGAAUCUUUAUGAUCAGGAGAAGGAGUAUACAAAAACUGAUUUCAUACAACAGCAGUUCGAAAGAAUUCUUGGAGAUUUAGAGGGAGUCUCAGAAUGCCAGGGAAAAUCCCAACUUCAUGUGGUAUGCCAAAAGGGCAUUAACAUAUGCAGGCAGUUGGCAUGUUAUGCACCGGAAGGUGUAUGUGACGAAAACAAAUGCUUGAAGAUAAUAAAGGAGUUCUCAGAAUUAAAAAAAUCUGCUCGUAUUUUUGACAGCAAAAGCAAAGCUUCAACACAAUCCCCAGCCGUUUCUCCACAACCUCCAAUGAUGUUUCAAAAAGCAAACAAUAAGGAGUGUGUGAAUCCUGCACAACGGGCAUCAGAAAAUGCACGGUUCCUCAUGGAGCAGAACCGAGCUCAGCUAAGCAUGUCGAUGGAACACCGUGAAAAGUUAAUGGAGGCACACAAGCAAAACGAGAAAGAUCUAACCGAACUCAUCAACACCAUGAGAAACUGUGACCUUAAAGAGAUUGACUUCAAAACCACCAUAGACAUGCUGGUCAAAGGUAUGGAGGCCAUGGGGGAAUUGCAGCAGAGGUGGCAGAUGAUGGUUCAGUUCUUUCAGAUGAUUUCCAACAUUGUAAAAACGAACCUCAGUCCGUGUCUCAAAGAUUUUGUCUCAACAUCUGCGGACACCAAAUGCCUAUCCUACAAUAACAAGCUCUUAUCGAAAGACUUGAUCUACGAGCAAGCCUUCCAAGCCUCUAACAUCGCCAAUCUGGUUCAUAUGAUCUCAGGAACAUACACAGAGGUGUCCGACAGGUAUCUGAUGGAGAGCAUCGGUUCACUGAGCGCUCUUAUGACCAUGGACAGAAGCAGACCAGAAUUUCAGGCGGCGCGUCAUAGAUUUCACGAUUCCUGUGAGGCGGCAGAGAAAAACAUCUUAAAGUUUGUUCUGAAGAAAAAAGAGGAGUUUGAAAAUAAGAGUGUUGCAAGACAACAACGGAUUGAGCAGGAGUUGCUGUCCGUUCUGCCCCCUGCUCCUCCAGAGCAAAUGGAGAGAAUUCAUGAGGCUGUUCAAGCUGGAUUCAUUGAGGAUGAAGCAGCAUCUUACUACUGAUGGGGUAUAUGGGAGAAAAAGUUAACAGAUAUGACUAUAUGAUCAAAAGAUUACAAAGCUGGAAGAAUUAAAUAAGUAACUCAGACGUAAGAAUUUUGCUUAGUUUCACAGCUUUAUUAUGGAAGAAUUUGUUUUAAAACGGAGGGCAAUAGCAUAAAGGGUAGAUAUGGGUUGAUUCAGAUAUAAACAUUAACUUUUGCUUAUAAGAAAGAUUUUGUCAGUUACAUAUCAGAAGACAAUGUUCAAGUAAAACACUUGUAAAGAGGAUGUUUGUGAGACAGGAAAUGGGUGUGUGAGUACAAGAAUGUAAAGGAAAGUAACAGUGGAAAAUUACUGAACAUAGACAGCGAGACAAAGUAAUAAGAGACAAAUUUGUGCUUUUUAAUAUGUACAAUUAAACGUAAAUGCAAUUAUACGCGAUAAAUAAUAAAGAGACCAUUCUAGAUUUUCAUUAAAUUACGUUUCUAGAUGUAUUAUGGCGAUUCCAGUCCAGUGUCAAACACAGUGUCAAACCUCAGGAGUGACAAAGUCAUCCAACAGCAAUGUGAAAGACUGACAGCAUGACAAGACAAAUGAAAAUUGAUCAAAAUAAAAGCACAAAUAAAAUAAUUCACAUGCUUUUUACAUUUCCUAAAUACACGUACAUAACUGUUGUAUUGCUUAAAAGUGAAUAUGAACUUCUUUGUAUUUGAGGUCUGAAAUUAGAAACGUUUCUGUUAUUUUGACCUCUUUCUCCAGUUUUUAUUUUCUGUAAAAACAAUAUUUUUAAAUAGAAACAAUCUUAUUUUUAAAUUUGGAGAAAAGUAUUGUUGGUAGUUAUACAUAGAAUAAAAAUAUAUAUAAUUUUACCCAAACACAUACAUAUAAAUAGUAAAUUCAGAAAAACUCAAAAUAAUUUUGAAAUGGUCUCUUAAUGUUUUCCUUGGCUUUAUGUGUACAAUAUUACAAUAGAGUUCUAUAUUUUAUAUGCAUUUUAAGUGCUUUGGGUGAAUGCUGUAGUGUUUGAAGUUCCAAAAAUUAGGUCUUCAUACUUUUAUUUGAACACAUUAACAGGAUAUUAGCAAGUUAUAAAUAUAAUAUGAAAAAGUUAACAGAUAUAACUAGAUUAUUAAAAGAUUACAAUGUUGGAAGGAUUAAAUAAGUAACUCAGACGUAAGAAUUUUGCUUAGUUUCACAGCUUUAUUAUGGAAGAAUUUGUUUUAAAACGGAGGGCAAUAGCAUAAAGGGUAGAUAUGGGUUGAUUCAGAUAUAAACAUUAACUUUUGCUUAAAAGAAAGAUUUUGUCAAUUACAUAUCAGAAGACAAUGUUCAAGUAAACCAAGUGUAAAGAGGAUGUUUGUGAGACAGGAAAUGGGUGUGUGUGAGUACAAGAAUGUAAAGGAAAGUAACAGUGGAAAAUUACUGAACAUAGACAGCGAGACAAAGUAAUAAGAGACAAAUUUGUGCUUUUUAAUAUGUACAAUUAAACGUAAAGGCAAUUAUACGCGAUAAAUAAUAAAGAGACCAUUCUAGAUUUCAUUAAAUUACGUUUCUAGAUGUAUUAUGGCCAUUCCAGUCCAGUGUCAAACACAGUGUCAAACCUCAGGAGUGACAAAGUCAUCCAACAGCAAUGUGAAAGACUGACAGCAUGACAAGACAAAUGAAAAUUGAUCAAAAUAAAAGCACUCAUAAAAUAAUUCACAUGCUUUUUACAUUUCCUAAAUACAUGUACAUAACUGUUGUAUUGCUUAAAAGUGAAUAUGAACUUCUUUGUAUUUGAGGUCUGAAAUUAGAAACAUUUCUGUUAUUUUGACCUCUUUCUCCGGUUUUUAUUUUCUGUAAAAACAAUAUUUUUAAAUAGAAACAAUCUUAUUUUUAAUUUUGGAGAAAAGUAUUGUUGGUAGUUAUACAUAGAAUAAAAAUAUAUAUAAUUUUACCCAAACACAUACAUAUAAAUAGUAAAUUCAGAAAAACUCAAAAUAAUUUUGAAAUGGUCUCUUAAUGUUUUCCUUGGCUUUAUGUGUACAAUAUUACAAUAGAAUUUUAUAUUUUAUGCGCAUUUAUAGUGCUUGUAUUUUAAGUGUUUGAAGUUCCAAAAAUUAGGUCUUCAAACUAUAUUAGCAAGUUAUAAAUAUAAUAUGAAAUAAUAAAACCAAACCUUUUAAAUAAAUCUGAUCUCAUGAUGUUCCCAAAAUACUUUUUUAUUUUUAUUAUACUGUAUGCAUUUUAUUGCAUAUUUUCUAUUACAUUGUGGCAUAUCACACCAUAUAAGCAGCUAUACACAACCUGUGUUCUUGUUUUCUAUUGUUACACCACUAGCACAUGAAUUGGCACAAGUAUAGCAGAUGAAAUUAAGCUUAUCGCUCCCUGGUCUCCCUACCCAACGGUGCCCCCCGGUGGACUCCAUAGCUCCUGACAGUCCACACUCCUCAAAACCAUGUGGCCCAUGGCCGGGCGCCCAGUUCUGGUAGCAGCCCAUUUCUCUGUUGUUUAUCCAGAACCAGAAGUGAAAAUUGCACGUGUAACGAAGACCCAUCCAUACGUAAGAGGUGUUGGACUCGGUGGCCUUUCUUGCUGUCCGGUCCUGAGGCUCUUGGCUAUGAAUGGAGACCAGGUCCACAUGGUGUUUUCUGCAGUAACUCACAGCUUCCAUCCAUGUCAGGUUCUCCUUGACCAGAAUCAAGUUGUCUGUGUGACAGUUUGCCGAAAAAGUAUAUUCAAUUUAUGUUUCUAUUAACAACAAACAAUUCAGGAAGCAUGUGUUUGCUCUAAAAUAGCAUUUUUCAGGCUUGCACUGUAACAGUCUGAAAUGCAUUUAUUAUAAACUCUGGCUGUAUAACAUGUACGUUGUUCUAUAUCAAUCAAUAUGGUGUGCAAUGUUUUUUAAUAAACUGGCUUUUUAUUGCA